AUGGCCGGAAAGCCGCCUGCAGCAAGUAUGAAUACAAGAAAUAAUACAAAUACAAAACUAAAGGAACAGACUCUAUUGAAUUUUACAAAAGAAAAUCAGGAGAAUAAAGAAUUAAACGAUAAGAUGAGCAGGUUGAAAAGGAAGUUGGACAGCAUGAUUAGUAGUCUAGAAAGAAGAGAAGAAGAUUGGAAAGAGAAAAAACAGAUGUGGAUAAAAGAAAGGCAACAGUGGACAGAAGAAAAGAAGGCGAUAGAAGAAAGAAUAAGCAAGUUGGAAUGGGAAACAGAAAAAGCUGAGAGAGAGAAAAGGAGACCGAACAUUGUUAUAAAAGGAGCAAAUAUUGAAGGAGAGAAUCUGGAGAAGAAGGUCGAAGAAUAUAUUGAACAAAAGAUAAAAAUAAAAGUUAAGAUAGAGAAGGCUAAAGUGAUAAGUGUAAACGCUGGUCAAAAUGUGAGGAAAUUGGUGGUAGUAAGGCUGGCAAAUUUGAUGAAAGGAAAGGAGAUUUUACAGAGGAAAGAAGAAGGAGCCAAGAAUGAAGAGAACAAGAAGAUGUAG